AAACCCCUACGAUGGCGUGUUGCCUCAAAAUCCAGUGUAAAUUGUGUGCAAGAAAGUUAGAUUAUAGCACCUAGCGCACUGCUGCUGUGGUCCCACAACGGUGAAAAAUGAGCGAAAAUUUUCGCAAAUUUUGCUGAAAGUUGGCAAAAAGUGUUAAUUUCACAAGUGCUCAAACAAGUGCAAAAAAGAAAAAUGAAACGAAGAGUUACGAUCGUGUACCCACCGACGACGGUGCGGACACGCUGGGAUCAUCCACCGACGUUGGCCACCACCAACGGAUGUUCCAACUAUACACCGUCAACUUCCUCUUCCUCGUCAUCAUCGUCGUCAUGCUCAUCCACCUCAUGCUACUCAUCGACGAGUGCCUCGGAAAAACACUCCCUGCUGGAGGACGCCCUGAACAACAACCUUCGCGGGAAUGGCCACGUGUCCGGCUGGUGUGGCCCUGUUCACCACCACCAGCACCAUCACAGUCAUCAUCAACCUCCGGAGACCGAAAAGUGCAAUUUUAACAAAAAUGGCGGUCACUCGACCGGAAGUCAGGACUCCAGCCCCUGUGGGAGUCGCGGCAGUCCGAGUCCGUGUCUUCGCAAGGCGGGUGGGAAAUGUGACGGCGGCCACGUGGAUGACCCCGUGGACUGGCGGGUGUACUUCUUCGUGGGCCUGGUGGCCAUCGGGUGCUACCUUAACGGGCUGCAGGGGGACUUUGUGCACGACGACAUCCCGGCCAUCACAAUGAACAAGGACGUGCUCGGGUUGAGUUCGGUGGGGCAGGUCUUCCGGAACGAUUUCUGGGGCACGCCGAUGGCGGACGUCGGCAGCCAUAAAUCGUACCGGCCGCUGACGACGCUGACGUUUCGACUAAACUACAUAACAUUUGGCCUUCGCUCGCUCUGGUUUCACGCGACCAACGUGGUCCUACACGCGGCCGCCUGCGUCCUCUUCACCCGCGUCUGCUCGACGAUCGCCGGCCUGCGGAAGAACUUUGCCGUGUUUGCCGGCGUCCUGUUCGCCGUCCACCCGAUCCACACCGAAGCGGUGACCGGAAUCGUGGGGCGAGCGGAUGUUUUGGCGUGUAUAUUUUUUCUAGUGUCACUGCUGGCGUACCACGGGUAAGUAGGG